UAUUAAUGUAAUUGUCAACAGACAGUUAUAUCAGACGUGUUGUAAACGUUGAACGAAAUUAUGUUUAUUGAUUAUAACCGACAUAAAAGUGUUCGCGGGAAGUCGACUCGUUCGGACGCUUUCAACUCGAAGCGAGCUCAUAUAAACAAUAAUAAUCGUCAUAGUUUUAAUAAUGCGAUCGAAUUGAUAAAAGCGACUUAAAACAUAACUACGGAUAAUUUAAAUAUUAUAACACCAUGGAGGUCGAAUCAUUUCUUCGGGGAAACGAAACGUUAGAGGAUUUUUACAACAGAUGCAACAAUUUGUCGUUCUUCGACUGCAGCGAGGAGGAAAUGUUGUGGUGGCUGAUGGGGUCUCGCCGGCUGCCUCUCAAGGAGAUCAUACCCUGGAGUAUAGUGCUGGUGGUUAUUUUCCUGACCGGUGUGAUGGGCAACGUGUGCGUCUGUCUGGUUAUCGUGAGGAACUCUGGUCUUCAUACGGCAACCAACUAUUAUCUCUUCAGUCUGGCCGUCAGCGAUCUAUUGCUGCUUUUAUUUGGUCUCCCCAACGACUUGGCGGUGUACUGGCAUCAGUAUCCUUACAGUCUUGGGCUCGUCUUCUGUAAACUGCGAGCGUAUAUAUCCGAGGCAGCGACCUACGUGUCAGUGCUAACGAUAUCCGCUUUCUCUUUGGAGCGAUACUUAGCGAUCUGUCAUCCCCUGCAUCUAUACGCCAUGGCUGGUUUGACGCGUGCCACGAAAAUCAUUGUAGUUUUGUGGCUUGUGGCGUUGGUAAGUGCAUCGCCAUACGCCCACUACAGCGACAUUUAUUACAGAGACUAUCCACCAAAUUCUGGGAACGUGUCACUGGAUUCAGCGUUCUGUACCCUGACCGCGUCGUCACCGCUCUUGGAAAUCAGCAGCAUUUUCUUCUUCUUCAUACCAGCUGUCAUCAUACUAUGUCUAUACAUCACCAUGGGGAUUCAUAUCAGGUCCACCAAAGUAAGUGCCAAGGCAAAACAAGGCAUGUUCAAAGGACACGUCCACGGAGAAUCAAGACAGGCAAAGUCGAGAAAAGCCGUCAUACGAAUGCUUAUUGCUGUAGUGAUAGCAUUCUUCGUGUGCUGGACACCCUUCCACGUUCAGCGUCUCUUCUUCAUAUAUGGCUACAACCAUCCUGACUUCCACGUCAUCAAUGAACAUCUGUUCAACGUGGCUGGGGCUUUGUACUACGUUUCAGCGACUGUGAACCCGAUUUUGUACAACGUCAUGAGUGCAAGGUAUCGCUUGGCGUUCCAAGAGACCCUACUCUGUAGACACCAGCCUGAUAGGAACAGCUUCGACAGGAUCCGAAGGGAGACAACUCUCUCCACAUGCGCCAGGCCCAAGUCCAGCUUCUACUCUGAACAAAGACUACCAACCAGUAAAGUGGACUUCGUUAAGGAUAAACCAUUCUGCAUUGAAACUGAGAUUGACGACAAAACAAUUUUUUACUAUCCCAACGUAAAUAAUGCUCUGCAAGACAAUCAUGACAAUGGGGGACCUUCGUAGAGUUAACAUAGGAAAUUUAUAUUUAUACGAGGUCUAUAAGCACUUUAAUUUUAUAAGACAAAAGUUCUAAACUGAAUUUAUAUUUAAAUUUUUGUUUCCGAACAAAUUAAAGAAAAAAUAACCAUACAAUCACUAUUUUAUUGAUGAUAGUUAUAGUAACUUUAGUACGGGUGUAUAUUUACUUGAUAUUAUUAAAGUUUUCAUAUUUGUCUAUUCAUUUUCCAUCACUCUUCAGAGUUGGGUUUCGUAUUAAUCAAACUUAACUGUAACCUUGAAAGUAUUUCGUUAUCAAAAUACAUAAAGUUUAUUUAAAAAAAAUUAAUAGCUUUUAAAACGUUAGUUAUAAAUAGUAUACGAUAUUUGUAAAUAAUAUUAGAAAAGGAAAUAGUUAUUUGUAAGAAUUGUAAAAAUAUCGAUAGGUUUCCCUUUCAUUAUCAACAUGUAAAACCUCCUUUGUCCUUUCCUAUCUUAUUUAUUAAUAUAAUUUAAGCCCAUAAUCUUGUAAAUAUAUCUUUAUUAAAAGAGCUGCGUCACUUUAACUGUCAAAUAAUUAAAUUCUAAAUGUAAAUUUAUUAUAUUAUCUGUGCUAUUUUAUAUUUUAUUAACUGUUUUAGUAUAAGAACUUUUAUAAGUAUAAGUAAUGAAUAUUUUGUCGAACAAUUUCGUAAGUUAGGUUUUGUAUAUAUUAAAAGAUACUUGUGUUUUGAUGUUAUAUUAAAAUAAAAUAGAAAUCAAAA